AUGGCGCAGCCGCUUGAGGCGACGCAACCGCUGCUGCCCUGGCGGCGGCGGCCCGCGGCGCAGCGGAGCGAGGAGCGCGUCGCGAGGCUCCGCUGGCUCGGCGCCUUCGUCGGCGUCGGCGCGCUCGCGACCAUCGCCCUCGCCGCCGCCGGUGGAGCGACGCCGCCGGACGCCACGCCGCGCCUCGCGGCCGCCGUCGCCGCCAAGACCUGCGAGACGUCGUCGGUCUGCGCGUCGAGCGCCGGCUUCUUCGCGUCGCUCUGCGGCGGCGCGUGCGGCGGCGACCGGCCCUGGGCGCGGUCGUGCGCGUGGCAGGCCGUCGCGGACCUCGAGGCGGUCUGCGCGGGCACGUUCUCGCCCGCGGCGCCGGCGGGCCCGACCUGCGAGCGCGACGCCGUGCGGGACAACUGCGGCGGCCGCGCCGAUCGCUGCGAGGCCGCGCUCGCGCGCGGCGGCGCCGUCGAGGCGCUCGACGGCCACCUGCCCGAGCUCUGCGCGGCGGCGGGCGCGCCCCUCGACUGGGCGCCGGCCGUCGACGUCGCGCCGGGCGUCACCGAGCUCGCCUGGCGCGCGCGGUCCGCGGAGCGCGGCGGCGGCGCCGUCGCGAUCGAGGAGCACUACCUCGACGGCGACUCGCCGCUGCUCAGCCAGACGUUCCAGAAGCAGGCCUACGCCUACUGGCGCUUCGCGCUCAACGGCGACGUCCAAACGGGCCCCUCCGUCGAGGCGACGACGCGCGUCUACGCGACGCGCGCCGCGUUCUUCGCCGCGCUCGAGCGCAAGAGAUUGAACGCGGGCGCGCUCGUGUUCCUCGACGUGCUCUACGAGGGCUUGGACACGGCCUACGAUCGCGCCGCCCUCGCCGACACCCACGUGCUGGACCACGGCGACCUGCCCGAGUCGGCCUGCGGCGCCAAAGAUCCCGCGACGGACCUCGACUACGUCUGCGCGUACCAGCACACGCCCGACGUGCUCCGGCGGAGCUCGCUGCUCCGCGCGCUGUUCGCCUACGAGACGCCCCUGGUCCUCGUCCUCGCGGGCGACGCGGACUGCCGCCUCAAGGACCUGCCGACGACGACGCACCACCGCCUCGUCUUCCCCAACGACGGGUCGUGCGCGACGCAGGUCGACGCGGACCCGGCGCGGCGCCUCUGGUGGCCCGAGGGCCUCGAGGGCCUCGACGACCCGGCGCGCGACCGCGGGCCCCAGCACGGCCCGCGCGGCUUCGCCGCGGACGCGCGCGCGCUCACGGCCGCGCCCGCCGCGGGCCUCGAGGCGCGGCCCUUCCUCUUCGACUGCGGCCUCACGGUGACGCCCCGGAAGCCGUCGCGCGAGACGCUCGUGGCGUCCCUGAAGGCCGGCGGGGCCGACGAGCUCCAGGGCCUCGCGCGCGCCGCGGGCCGCCGCGCGCGGUUCUCCUCGUCGGCGACGGGAACCGCGCCGGAGCCGACAACUUACGGCUUCGACACGGGCGCCGGCGACGCCGCGGGCGGCGACGGCGCCGCGGUCUUCGCCCUGGCCCCCGCGGGCGACACGUGGUCGUCGGGCCGAGUCGUCGAGGCGCUGCUCCGCGGCGCGAUCCCCGUCGUCGACGCGACGUACGCGAGCGACGGGGUCAGCGCCAAGGGCUGCGCCGACGCGGCCAAGUUCUGGCGCGAGGGCGAGGCGGGCUUCGCGGAGCGGGCGCCCUUCGUCUUCGUCGACGACUGGGACCGCCUCGCGGACGCGCUCCGCGGCUUCGGUGCGGAGGACGACGCCGAGCUACGGCGGCGCCUCGGCGCCGUCCGGAGCUACCGCGGCCGCCUCGAGGCCCAUCUCCGGCGGCGGACGCUCGCCGCCGUCGCCGACGCGCGCGCGGACACGGCCGCGACGACGUGCGCGGCCGCGGCGUUCUCAACGCGCGAGCGCGCGGACCUCGACGCCGCGGCCGCGGCCUACUACUCCGACCCGGCCUGGUUCGCGUCCUUUCCGGACGGGCCGGCCUACCCGGGCUCGGGUUCAGGCGCCUGUACGUACCGCCUCUGCCUCGUCGUCUUCGCGGCCAUCAUGCGGCGGCUCCUCGGGCGCGUCGGCGCGGCGGGCCUCGCGAGCGUCGCGUCGUCGCGGCCCGCCUGGAGCAACGGCGGCCAGUGCGUCGCCGAGGCCGAGGAGGAGGAGGAGUACGCGCUGCCGAAGCUGGGCCUGCGGCGGGAGCGGCGCGUCGCCGACGUCGUCUACGACAGCGUCAUCGUCGGCUGCGGCGUGAGCGGGACGGCGGCCCUCGUCGCCCACGGCGCCCGCGGCGGCGGCCGGUCGUGCCUCGUGCUCGACGGCGACGCGGACGCGAUCGCGCGGUGCCGGCGGCUCGGCGGCGCGGGCGUGACGUGCCUCCGGGAGCGCGCCGCGCGCGUGGACCCGGCGCGGAAGCGCGUGGAGACGGCGGGCGGCGGGUCCUACGCCUACGGGGGCAAGCUGCUCGUCGCGUCGGGCGGCGCGGCGCCCGUGCCGCCCGAGGGCUUCGUCGACGGCGCCGCGGACGCGCUCGUGCGGGUCCUGGGCCUCGGCGAGUCGUCGGACGCCGCCGUCGAGGCCGAGGCGCUGGCGCUGGCGGCCCGGGGCGGCGAGGUCGCCGUGAUCGGCGGCUCGUGGCAGGCCGCCGCGCUCGCGGGCCGGCUCGCGCGCGCGGGCCCGCGGAGCCGCGAGGCGUCGGGCCACAGCGGCAGCGCGGCGACGCUCGUCUUCCCGGAGCAGACGCCCGUCGGCGCGCGGCUGCCCAAGGCCCUGGGCCUCAAGCUGCGCAAGCGCCUCGAGAAGCGGGGCGUCGCCGUCGUCGGGCACAGCCAGGUCCGCUACGUCGGCCCGUCCGCGUCGACCCGGCGCUGCCUGCUCUACCUGGGCCGCGUCGACGACGCGCUCAAGACGUCGCAGGCCUACGCGGACCUCGUCGUCGUCGCCGGCGGCGAGCACGUGCCGCCGGCCGAGGUGUCCGCGCGCGACGCGCUCUGCGCGCCGCGCGGCGCGCAGGUCGCGUCCGCGACGAAGCCCACGGACCUCGACGGCCCGCCCGGGGCGAAGCGGCCCAUCUUCGUCAACGAGGAGCUCGCGGCGAACUCGACGAUCCUCGCCUGCGGCGACGCGGCCGCGACGCCGUGCCGCCUCGCGGCCGCGACGGCCGCGGCCGCCGCGGCGGCGACCGUGGGCCACCGGGCCUGCACCAUCGCCAACGACGCGGGCGUCCACCACGCCGAGGCGACGGGCGCCGCCGCCGGCGACCACCUGGCGACGCUCGACGGCCGCGGCGCGGCCGCCGUCGUCGCGCGGCUCUCGCCGACGGUCGUCGCGGACUUCGGCGACGCGCUGGGCCUCCACGUGACGCUCGUGGGCAAGUGCGACGCGACGCUCGAGGCGCACCACUUCUACGGCAAGCACGUGAACGUCGCCGUCUACGUCGAGAAGUCCGCGUCGACGGACGACGGCGGGCCGAGCCGCCGCGCGCCCGUCGGCGUCGUCUUCUGGGCGUCGGGCCCCGCCGUCGACGCGGACGCCUGCGGCCGCGCGGCGGCGGCGGCGCGCGACGCGCUGGCGGUGCUCGCCGACGCGCCGGCGCCCUACGACGACGAGCACCCGGACCGGCUCUGGGAGCUCGACCUCGAGAACCUGCGGACGCUCCUCGACGAGUGCCUCGCGGCGAGUGGCACGGACGAGCGCGCCUUCCGCCACGCCCACGUCAUCUCCCGCGCGGACCGCCUCGGCCCGCGCUUCUACGACGGCCUCGGCGCCGCGGACACGGCGCUCUUCUCCCGGGGCAAGAACUCGAAGAUGGCCGACCGCGUCUCGCGCGCCUACGCGUCGGGCGUCGUCCACGGGCCGGGCGACGCGGCGCCGCGGUCCUUCGCGCCGCGGGGGCGGGGCGACGACGACGCCGCCGAGGACGACUGGGUCGCCCUCGCCGCGCGCCGCGCGCCCUCGGUGUCCCUCGCGGCCGCGCGGCGGCGGCAGACCAAGAAGCUCGCCGCGCGCAACCUAACCCCCUAG